UGAAGACGUUUAUGACAUUUGCGAUUCUGACGCUUUUGGUAUACCAAACAACUAGUGAUCAAGCAUCUAGCUAUAUAAUUGAUAAUUCUGUUGGAUAUGGCAGAACAUUUAAUGGAAUUGGAGCAAUAAGUGGAGGAGGGGUAAUAUGUUUGAUUUUAAAUGAAAAUAACUAAAAUUGAUAUCAUAAAUUGCGGAAAUAUUUAAUUUUAUUCGUAUCAAGAAACAUACGAUAUUUUAAUUAGUAUGAAAAUAAAAUUUCCUUCAGGUAGUAUCACAUUACAAUUAUUUUAUAAAGAUAAUAUAAACAAUGAGAUCAAAAUAAACCAAUGGAAAAUAUUAUGAAUGUAAUGGAAUGGAAUGAGUUCAGUGCCCGGUCAACACAAUAUUUGUCAUCUCUUUUUUCAGGCAACAUCAAAGUUACUUGUUAAUUAUCCUGAACAACAACGAUCUGAAAUUCUGGACUUUUUGUUUAAGCCUAACUUUGGAGCAUCUCUUCAUAUCUUUAAAGUGGAGAUAGGCGGUGAUAUACAAAGUACAGAUGGAACAGAAGCUUCACAUAUGCAUUAUGGUUGGGAUGAAGAUUAUACACGGGGUUAUGAAUGGUGGAUGUUACAAGAAGCUAAAAAGAGAAACCCUAAUAUUAAGUUGUAUGGGUUACCAUGGGGAUUUCCAGGAUGGUUGAGGGAUGCUGAAGAUACACCCUGGAAGAACAUCCCAACAACAGCUGAUUAUAUAGUCAAGUGGAUUAAUGGUGCUAAAGUUCAUUAUAAUCUUACUAUUGAUUAUAUCGGCAUCUGGAACGAGAGUCCUUAUAAUGUUACUUAUAUCAAGACAUUACGCAAAGCUUUAGAUAUGGGUGGUUUCAGUAAUACGUUGAUCAUUGCUUCCGAUCAGAAUGGUUGGCCAAUAGUCGAGGACAUGGCAAAUGAUAAAGAGCUAUUCGAUGCUGUUUAUGCGAUUGGGUCGCAUUAUCCUGAAAUGACUAGUAGCCCUGCAGCCGUAAAAACUGGCAAACCAUUAUGGGCAUCAGAAGACCGAACUUCCCACGAUGACGUAACCGGUGGUGGCUGUCUUUCCAGGACUUUAAAUCAAAACUAUGUAACCGGCCUAAUGACCUCAACCAUCAUGUGGAAUGCGGUAGCCAGCUAUUAUUAUGGUUUACCUUGGAUUAAUGCUGGCCUUAUGAGGGCUGCUGAACCUUGGUCGGGGUAUUAUGAAGUAUCGCCACCUAUUUGGAUGACAGCUCACACGACUCAGUUCACAGAAAUAGGUUGGAAAUAUUUUAAACAUGGAUAUGGUGUUGGUAAUUUUACUAAUGGUGGAAGCUAUGUUGUUUUAACAAGUCCAGAUGAACAACAACUGACAAUUAUUAUAGAGACAUUGAGUCAAGACCCUGUUGAAUGUACCAGACCAGGAAAGUUUCUAUACUUAAAGAAUUUGAAGGAACAGAUAGUUAAUUUCCAGCUAAAAGGAAAAUUCGCUGAAAGUGUAGAAUCACUGAAUGUAUGGUAUAGUCGACCAGGAUAUUCAAAAGUUCCACCAAUUUAUUUCAAACAAAUGGAUCCAGUUAUGGUUCAAAAUGGUUCUAUUUCACUAACAAUAAAAGAGAAUGAAGUAUGGACUUUAACAACAGUUACAACUGGCAACAAGGGAAGUUAUCCAAAUAUUCCCGAUUCUGGACCUUUUCCUAUUCCGUAUACUGAGGAUUUUGAAGGGUACGAUGUGGGUGAAGAACCAUAUUACUUUGCUCAACAAAUUGGAUCAUUUGAAGUUGGUGAAAGUGAUGGAAACAAGUUUAUGAAACAAGUAGUUAUAGAUGAACCCGUACAUUGGUACUGGUGUCAUGUAGAUAAUGGGAACACCUCAUUGAAUGUUUUCGGAGAUUACCAAUGGCAGGAUGUUUCUGCUGCAGUUGCUGUUCAGCUACAAGGUCAAAAUACCAGUGACGCAGUAUUUCUUGCAGUUCGAGCAACAAACGGUGGAUGUCCAGCCUUAAAUGAAACGGGUCUUUUUAUGUUUUUCUACCCUAAGGAACAACGCUUCUUGCUUACUGUAGAUGUAUUACAAAAUAAAGUUCUAGUAUCUGGAAAAGUUAAUAAAGUUACCAACAACUGGGAUGUACUUACUUUACAAGUAAAGGGAAGUCGUUUGACUGGUGCUGUUAAUACAGAAGUAUUAUUUGAUAUAAAAACACCUACAGAAAUAACUAAUGGUUGGGUAGCAGUGGGAACGUAUCCCUAUGGCAUUGCUUGGUUUGAUGAUUUUCAAGUGAGCCAAAUAUAAGCCAACAAUAACUUAGGG